GGACGAAUUUUCGAGCAGACAACGAGUGACAGCAAGGUCCAGCCAGUUUGAGCGAGUUAGGUGUAACAUUCUCGCUAAUCACAACUAAAAUCUGUGUCAUUUUGACCGUAUUAAACUGAAUUUUUCAUAUAAUUUUCAGAUUCUACCAUUUGAGUUCAAUAUAGAAACUCAGAAAAUACAGCUAAAACAAGCGAAAGACAGCUAAAACUCUAACAUAACAAUGUCGUGGUUGUUCGGAAGUAAACCCAAGACCGAAGAACAGAGUCAGUCCGAUUUGAAGCAGUCGUUGGGCUUUGAUCCUGCGCAAGUUGCAGAUGUGUCGCAGAUUCUCCAAACUCCAGGAGUGUUGGACUCGUCCAGAUUGCACCCUUUGGCCGGUUUGGAUAAGGGAAUCGAGUAUUUGGACUUGGAAGAUGAACAGUUAACCACAGUCGAAGGUGCACAGGGUAUUAUUCCUUCUCGAAGUUGGACUGAUGACUUGUGUUACGGUACUGGUGCUGUGUACUUGCUUGGUUUAGGUCUUGGAGGAGCCUACGGUAUGCAAGAGGGUAUAAAGAACAUUCCUCCUAACUCACCAGGAAAGUUGCAGUUAAACACAGUGUUGAACCACAUGACCAAGAGAGGUCCUUAUUUGGGUAACUCUGCAGGUGUUUUAGCAUUGACAUACAACUUGAUCGAUUCUUCGCUCGAUGCAUUGAGAGGAAAGCACGACGACUACAACACAGUCGCUGCUGGAGCUUUGGCUGGUGCCCUUUUCAGAAGCAGUGCCGGUAUCAAGCCUAUGGCAUACUCCACGGCAUUGAUGGCUGGUGCGGCCUCUGCCUGGUGUGGAAUCAAGCGUUUGUUACAGUGAUCAGUAAUGAGAAAAUCAUGAUAUGAUGUUAAGCUCUUUCCGUGAGAUAAAGAAAGAAAGCAAAGAAAGCAAGACACGGCAUUCAUCUUAUAGAGACAACGAGUCGUACAUACUCCUGGAAUGUCUGGUCCCCAGACUUGUAUAUAAUCUAAUGAUAAUUAGUCCCG